AUGAAUGAAGGAGCGGCUCUUCGAGUACUGUCAUUUCUUAAUGAUUCAAGUCAACGUCAUGUAGCUUCUUUAGUUAAUGAAAAACGAAAAGUAACUGUGAUCGGAGAAGAGCAUGAACCAGAUGAAAUUGAAAUAGAAGAACCAUUACCGUCUGCUAUCGAUGAAGAAGCAGAUCUUCUUACUCCAGAACAAAUCAAGGAAUUUUUUAAAACAGCUGAAGAAGGUACAAUCGAAAGAUUAGAUGAACUCUUCGACACAACAGCAAAUGCCGAUCCUAAUAUGACACAAUAUAUGGAAUCUCUCCUAAUGGCUGCUAUUCGUGCUAAACGAUAUAAAAUGGCUGAAUAUCUAAUUGAUCAAUUAGGAAUAAAUGUUAAUCAUACAACUAAUCUUCUUGAAUUUCGUCCACAGACAAGAAUUCCUGUUCGAGAACAAACAAUAUCAUGUCGUGAUUUAGCUUAUAAUAAAGGUAUGAUGGAUCUUGUUGAUUUAAUUGAUAUAGUCAGUGAUGAAGUAAAGCCAAAUAUAAAACGAUAUUUACAACGACGUUUAAAAACACGUCUUGAUCAAAUUCAUCAAUCCUAUUUAAAACGUAUGAAAGAACGUAAUAAUCGUUUAAUAAUUCCAUCACAAGAAAAAGAAACAAACGUAUUAGAAGAAAAUGAACAAGAAAAAGAAAACGAAGAACCAUUAAGUGCAAAUAUUAUUGAUGAUAUUAAGAUAUUUUCACUAGCACCUCCAAUACCACCAGUUGUUCAUCGUCCAUAUAAAUCACAUAUUGAAGCAACAAUGCAAAGUAUUGAAUCGAAAAAUGAUAAAUCAAUUGAUGAAUCAGGAAAAAAAUUCUUUCGAUUUUCUGGUUAUACUCUUCAUUAUCGUCUUGUCGAAACAGGAAAUAAGAAUCAACAAAAAAAAGAACGAUCUCGACCAAAAACAGGAAUAUUUUCUUUUCCAAUUAUUCCACCAACUUCUACACGAACAUUACCACCACCAUCCCUAUCAAGGCCAACAACAACAGCAACAACAACUAAUGUUAAUCGUCGUUCAAUUAGUGAAGUAAGCGCACGAAUACCAAUACGAGAAACACGAACAUCUAUAUGUCGAUCAGCUCGACAUAUAGCCACACCACGUGUCGCUCCUACAGUAACUACUGAAAGUAAACCAGAAAUAACACCUAAAACAAUAACUACGAUUAAUACUACUCAACGAUUAUUACCAAAACGAAUUCGUCAAAUUAAUACAGAUUAUAAUUACAUUCCUCAACUACAAAAUGCUGUGUACAAUGAUCCACGCCAUUUUAUGCCUGUAACAUUGAAAACAACUUCUACUGGUUUACUAUCUGAUACUCGAUUAAUUAGAGAUUAA